UCAGUGUGAAUGCAUCCUUCCUCCUGACUGCUUUCACUCGUUGCUGCAGGCUGUGCUGCAGCACAGCGCACCACAGCGGAGCUGGAGAGGAGCAGAGGAGAGAAGCCAACAGCAGCGGAGAAGAGGAGGAGGAAGAGGGAGGACGCAGCAGAUACCCUCCGACAGGCGGGACUACACUCUGCAGCAUCCCUUGGCUUCAAAAUGUCUCUGGGGAGUGGGAGACUCAUUAGGAUUAUUGCACUCAUUGCCUCGCUUCUGUGUUGCUGCUGUGGGACAGAAGGAGAAGCAGAGGUUUGUGACAAGCCGCUGGUGUCCAGGCUGCCACCAUCGUCUUUCAGAAGCUCUUCUCAGCUGUCCAGCAGCCAUGGAGCAGCUUUUGCAAAAGUCAACAGAAGAGAAGGAGCGGGAGGAUGGUCUCCACAGUUCUUAGACAGACACCAGUGGUUGGAGGUGGAUCUGGGGAGGAGAACGCAAAUCACUGCUGUUGCCACGCAAGGUCGCUAUGGCAGCUCUGAUUGGGUGACGGCUUACCUGUUGUUGUUCAGUGAUACUGGACACAACUGGAUCCAGCACAGACAGGAAGACAGCCUAGGGGCUUUCCAAGGUAACAUUAACGCUGACUUUGUUGUCCAGUAUAAGCUGGAGCAACCCGUCAUUGCUCGUUAUCUACGUUUGACACCACUGGAUUGGAAUCCAACCGGAAGAAUUGGACUCAGAAUAGAAAUAUAUGGCUGUGAAUACACUUCUGAAGUGGUAAGCUUUGACGGGAGCAGCAGCCUCAUCUAUAGACUGAGUCUCAGACCAAGCUGGAUGUCCACGGAGGUCAUCUCCCUGAACUUCAAAACCCUGAAGAAUUCGGGGACUUUGCUCCAUGCAAAGGGACCUGGAGAUCACAGCCUGAAUCUGGUGCUGGAGAAAGGAAAGCUGCUUCUUUACCACCAACAAGGUGUGAUUGCAGUGGGCAUUUUUGCAACUGUGUCUGCUUUGGCGAUCAUGGUGAGAUUUCUCUGCAGCAGAAGAGAAACGUACCAGAACCGAGAAGAUAAAGCAGCACAGGGGGAAGACUGCCAUGAGUUCCCAUUCAGCAGUCAAACAGACUCUCCAAGCAUUCCCAGCAAAAGCCAGGAGUUUUUUAUUUAG